AUGGGGUUGAAAAGCAGGAAACGGAACAUCAGCUACAUUUCAACUUCAGUCCCCAAAGCCGCAAAUGUACCUACCGCGCUCUCCGAAUCAGACUCCAAGACAUUCAGCAGUGACACCAACUCGGACAAGCCGUGGAAGAUGAAGAGCCCGAAGCAAGACAACAGACAUAUGUGUCAUGCUGUGAAGGAUCGACAAGCAGCACGACUGAGGCCAAAUCGUACGACGGCGAGACGCAGUCUCGCUUUUGCCAAUGCGCGGGCAGCGUCCGAAGUCGCCAAGUCGUUUGACGCGACCUGCGAAGCGAACGAGCUGAUGCCGAACGAGUCAGCAACAGAAACGAAUAAGAAGAUGACGAAGAAGACGAAGAAGAGAAUGAGAUCGGAGAAGGCCGAUGGUGUCGCGGCUACCGAUACUUCUACAUCGACCGGUGCUGAUGACGCCAACGACAAUACAACGAACAGUCUGACAAAGAACAGCAGCUCGGACACAGUCGAGGUUCCUGUGUCAGCCCGGGGUUCCACUACCGCCGACGACGCUUCGGUGUCAGCGUCGGCCAACGAUACCGAGAACGAGCUGGACAAGCGUCUGCGCCUGGCGGCCCGCAACGCCAGCCGUCUGGAGCGCCAGGCCUACCUCAAGGAGCAGCAGAAGCAGAAGGGGAAAGAUGAGGAGAAGGAGAAGGAGGCUCUGCUUCUUAAACAGCAAAAAGAGCAUGAGCUGAUGGCUUUUACGCCCAAGACGCCGCUCUGCCUGCCGCCGCGGUCGAGCCCAUACUCGCCCGGCUCCAGAUGUCGCCUGCCCUACCCGACCAAGAAGUACCGCGGCACGCCCGUCACGAAGAACACGAACGGAACGAUGGAAAAGGUGGGCGCCACACAGCCAGCGGGAGGCCCGGCUGUGGAAAGCCCAUUCGGCACCGGAGGUUGGGGACUGGGAUACAGCAGCGAUGUCGAGGACGGCGGUGACGACGUCGGCCACGCCGACAACGAACGCGUCACGUCUUUUGUGGCUCGACUGCAGGCGGCCAAGUGCUCUGUAGACGUGCCUGCCCGCGACAAGAACAUCCCACCACCGCUGCUGUGUAAAGAGACGCCGUCCCGUGAAACUAGCAGCAGCAAAACAAGCACAUCGCCCCAGAAGACACACGUGGACGAACCGUAUGCUGUCAAGUCGCUGUCCACACCCGGCUGCUGGGAGGAGGAUGCGACGUCAACGACAGGAACAGCGCUGCUGCCGUUGAAGGACCAAGACAGCUCUCUUCGGUCGGCCGCUAUCAAUGAUAAGAGCCAGACGGACAAGAAGCGGAAAGGCCAAUUUAUCCACGUCUACCGCUACACGGUGAUCCCGCCGGUGGUUGCCGGAGAAAGCAAUGGAAGUGGUGCCGAGUGA